AUGAAAAGGACUCAGUGUGAGCCUGAUCGGGAGCGAGAGGAGAGAAACUAUAGAUUAAUACAGGAAUCUUAUGGUUUUUCUGCAACUUUUGAUAUAGUCAGGUCCUUGGCUGACACUACCUGCUUUUCUACAAUGAAGCAGCGAGCACACAUGGAUGGAGAUGUGAUGAUAACUGGGAUUAUGCCCCUGUGCACUUUGGGAAUCGAUCACAGGAACAGCCAUGCUUCUAGGCAAGAAGACAACAAGUUAAAUUUUGAUAUAGAUUGUACUGAAUCUUCUGUACAUGGUUUUGCACUAAUACAGCCUUACCACAGUGUGGUUCAUAGGUAUCCCAGCAGUAUGUUCAAUAGGAAUGCAGACAGAAGUCAUCCUUGUGUUGUUCUGCAUUUAGAGGGAAUGGCUUUAAAUUUUUCUAUGAAGUAUAAUGAUAGCUCUAGGUUGAUCUUCAAGAACUAUCAGUAUGUUUUGGCCUUGGCUUUUGCUAUAGAGGAGAUCAACAAAAACCCUGAUCUUUUACAUAACCUGACUCUGGGAUUUAAUGUCUAUGAUGUUCACUUCAAUUCUUGGACAAUGUUUAAGAAUCCCUUUAUUUGUCUCUUUGGGAAGUAUAAAAUUCCAAACUAUUCCUGCGUGAGAGGAAGCAGUUCUAUAGCAGUACUUACAGGACCAUCAGGAGUAGUAUCUGACCAGAUUGGGACAUUGCUUGGACUCUACAGAUUUCCACAGUUUACCUUUGGGCCUUUUGAUCAUGGCCUGAGUGACCAUAACAAGUUUCCUGCUCUCUAUCAGAUGGCACCAAAGGACACAUCAAUAGCCACUGCUAUGGUCUCCUUACUGCUUCACUUCAGCUGGAGCUGGGUGGGACUAUUGACCACACAAGAUGAUAAUGGGGCAAAGAUUCUUGCUGAAUUGAAAGUAGAGAUGGCCAAGAACAGAGUUUGUGUAGCCUAUGAGCUAGUGAUCGCCACCCAAGAUGCAUAUAACCACAUAACAGUUAAUCGUUAUAUUAAUCUAUCUUCAGCAAGUGUCCUCAUCAUAUACGAUUCUGUGUCUGACUGUGUAACAUGGGACAACUGUGCUCAUGAUGCCUCUUUGGAUUGGUUACCUGGGCAGAGUUUUGACGUGACUAUGUCUGUAGAUAGUUACAAUAUAUACAAUGGUGUGUAUGCUGUGGCUCAGGCUCUCCAUGAGAUGCUUCUUCAUCAAACAGAAGUUCAAACAACGGGAAAUAGAAAAGGAGAAUUGCCUUCCUCUACUCAGCUGCACACUUUUCUGAAGAAUAACCAGUUUUACAAUUCUAUUGGAUAUCAAGUAAUUUGGGACAAUCAAAGGAAAUUGGAGCCAGAGUAUGACAUUAUGAAUGUUUGGAAUUUUCCAGAGGGUCUUGAACUUGAGGUGAAAGUAGGAAAGUUUUCUCCAUAUGCUCCACAUGGCAAUCAACUUUCUUUAUCUGAAGAUAUGGUACAGUGGUCCAUUGAAACUACAGAGACUCCUCACUCUGUCUGCAGUGAGAGUUGUGGUCCUGGAUUCCGGAAAUCUCCUCAGGAGGGAAAGGCUGCCUGUUGCUUUUAUUGUACACCUUGCUCAGAAAAUGAGAUUGCUAAUGGAACAGAUAUGGAGCAAUGUGUGAAAUGUCUACAUCAUCAGUAUGCCAACACACCCAGGACACAGUGCCUCUUGAGAGUUGCAAGUUUCCUGGCUUUUGAAGAUCCGUUGGCCAUGGUUAUGGCCUGCAUGGCACUUUGCUUCUCUUUGCUAACUGCUGCUGUUCUUUGGAUGUUUGUGAAACACCAAGACACUGCCAUUGUUAAGGCCAAUAACCGGGCUCUCAGUUACAUCUUGCUCAUCUCUCUCAUCUUCUGUUUCCUCUGUUCUUUGCUCUUUCUUGGUCGACCCCAAACAGCUACCUGCAUCCUGCAGCAGAUCACAUUUGGGGUUGUGUUCACUGUGGCUGUUUCCACAGUGUUGGCCAAAACAGUGACUGUGGUUCUAGCCUUCAAGGCCACUUCCCCAGGAAGAAGGAUGAGGUGGCUGCUGGUAUCAGGAGCUCCUAACUUCAUCAUCCCCAGCUGCACGCUCAUCCAGGUGACCUUCUGUGGCCUCUGGCUGGGAACCUCUCCUCCCUUUGUGGACACAGAUGCACACUCUGAACAUGGCAACAUCAUCAUCUUGUGCAACAAGGGCUCCCUCACUGCCUUCUACUGUGUCCUGGGAUAUCUGGGCUUCCUGGCCCUGGCCAGCUUCACUGUGGCUUUUCUGGCCAGGAACCUGCCUGACACCUUCAAUGAAGCCAAGUUCCUGACCUUCAGCAUGCUGGUGUUCUGCAGUGUGUGGCUCACCUUCCUGCCUGUCUACCACAGUGCCAAGGGAAAGGUCAUGGUGGCUGUAGAGGUUUUCUCCAUCUUGGCCUCUGGUGCAGGGCUCCUAGGUUGCAUUUUUGCCCCAAAGUGUUAUACCCUCUUGUUAAUGAGAAAUAGAAAUUCUCUGCAUGGCUUCAGGGAUAAAAGACAUAGUAGGAGAAAUAAGCAUACUUAG